AUGCCAGCCGUCGUUCUCGGCCGCGCCAUCUGCGCGUCUCUGGCCAUCUGCCGCGUGUUGCACCUCGCGACUGUUCAGUCGGUGACGUUGCACACAACGCUGGGCGACCUCAAGUUGGAGCUGUACUGCGAGGAGUGUCCCCGCACGGCGGAGAACUUCCUCGCGCUGUGCGCCUCGGGCUACUACAACAACGUCAUCUUCCACAGGAACAUCAAGGGCUUCAUGGUCCAGGGCGGCGACCCCACGGGCACCGGCAAGGGAGGCCGGAGCAUCUACGCGUCCGAGACGGGCAAGUUCGCGGACGAGAUCGUCGAGUCCCUCAAGCACAACCGACGAGGCACGCUCUCCAUGGCCAACUCGGGGCCCAACUCGAACGGCUCGCAGUUCUUCAUCGCGUACAAGGCGCACAACCACCUCAAUGGGAAAUACACGCUCUUUGGGCAACUGAUCGACGGGAUGGGCACGCUGGACAAGAUGGAGCGCGUGCCGGUGGGAGCGAACGACCGGCCGCUGCAGGAGAUCCGCAUCAACCGCGUUACGGUCCAUGCGAACCCGAUUGCGGACCAGGCAUGA